AAUGAUUUUAAAAUCAAUUAUAGAAGUACAAUAAUUUAUAGAAUCUAUUGGUUAAUCUCAUCUUUUAAAAGACUUUAAUAAGUAUAAUUCUCAAUAAUAGUAGGAGUUUAUAGAUUAAAUAAAUAAACUAAAUCAGACAUAUCCUGGAGGACUUAAAGAAUAUACUGAACGUGCUAAAAAACUAUUAAAGGAAGCUUGUGAAAAUGUUAAUCCUUAUGAAGGAUUCUAACCAGAAGUCCCAGUAGGACAAUAAAUAAAUUUCUCCUCAUUUGAAGAAGUUGAAAAAUAUGAAAGUGUUGGAAGAGAAGAACUUAGAUCAACUGGAUUUGUACUUGUAGCAGGAGGUUUAGGUGAACGGUUAGGUUAUUAGGGAAUCAAAAUAGGAAUUCCUAUUGAAUUAACUACCAGAUAAACAUUCCUAGAGUACUAUAUGGAUUUUAUAAAAGCUUAUGGGAAUGAAACUGAACUUGCAAUCAUGACAUCUGAUGAUACAUAUAAACUUACAAUUGAAUUAUUAGAAAAAAAUAAUUAUUUUAACUUCCCUAAAGAACGUUUAACAAUAAUGAAAUAAGAAAAAGUACCUGCAAUGCUUGAUAAUGAUGCUAGAUUUGCUCAAAUACCUAAUUCUUUAUUGAUAGAAACAAAACCACAUGGUCAUGGAGAUGUACAUACUUUAUUACAUUAACAUAAAUUGACAGAAAAAUGGUUAAAGCAAGGAAAAAAAUGGGUUAUAUUUUUCCAAGAUACAAAUCCAUUAGUAUUUAGGUCUUUACCAUCAGUUUUGGGAGUAUCUAAAAGUAAAAAUUUAGAAGUAAAUUCAAUUACUGUCCCUAGAAAACCUGGGGAGGCAGUAGGAGCAAUAUGUAAAUUAGUUGGAAAGGACAAUUUUUCUUUAAAUGAAUAUCAUCAUACUCUUGAAAAAACCAAAGGAAAUAUUUCUGAAUUUAUAAAUCCUAAAUAUGCUGAUGCUUCUAAAACAGUAUUUAAAAGUGCAACCAGGCUCGAAUGUAUGAUGUAGGACUAUCCAAAAUUACUUGAUAGUGGAGAUAGAGUAGGUUUCACUUAAGUUGCUAGAAAUUUUUGCUUUUCAACUUGCAAAAACGAUAUUAAAACUGCUUAAUAAAAGUUCAUUUAAAAUAUGCCUGCUGAAUGUGCUUCUGUCCUCGAUUCUUUUGUUUUUGAUUAAAAUUCCCUUAAAAAUUUAAAUGAGCUCAUUAUUGAUGGAUAAUUUGGACUCCCAAAUAACUGUUAGUCAAAAGAAAAAUAUAGAAAAUUUGUUCCUAUUGGUUAAGAUGCACCCUAAUAUUUAUAGAUUAGAGGUUACGAUGUAGUUUGA